AUGGGUGGUCCAGAUGAGUUGAUGCCAGAGGGCGUGCACCACUAUGAUGAAUCGUCAGAAAUGCCAGAAAACAUCCAAAAAUAUUGGCAUCAACGCUACGAUAUCUGGUCUCGUUACGAUGAAGGCAUCUGGAUGACUGACGACGUCUGGUUCGGUGUCACUCCCGAGCCGAUAGCCAAUCGCAUAGCUGACCACAUCAAGACUGGCGGACCGGAGUCAAAGUCUAUCAUAAUAGAUGCCUUUGCUGGUGCUGGCGGCAACGCCAUCGCUUUCGCUCUGUCUGGUCGCUUCAAACAAGUCUUCGCCAUUGAAAAAGAUCCUGCAACGCUUGCCUGUGCACGUCACAAUGCUGAGAUAUACGGCGUAGCAUCCAAGAUCUGGUGGAUCGAGGGCGAUUGCUUCGAUGUUCUCAAGAAGCGGUUGAAGUCGUUGGCCAAGGAUGCCAUCGUGUUUGCCAGCCCACCUUGGGGAGGCCCCCAGUACACCGAUGAUAAUAUUUUCGACCUCAGCACCAUGCAACCUUACAAUCUCAAGCACAUCUACGACAGAUUCGCGGCCUAUGUCCCAGACUUUGUGCUGUUCUUACCUCGUAGCUCCGAUUUGAAUCAACUGGCCAAGUACGCUCCCGAUGAUAAGAAGCUCGAGGUCGUACACUACUGCACAAACGGUUCCAGCAAGGCCCUAUGCGCCUACUUCGGCGAGUUCAAAUUCCAGUGA